UCGACUCACAGCGGAUGUGUCGAGUGUCAACACACUGCAGACGCAUGUGGGGCAGUGCUGGAGAAGAAGCAUGUGCAGUAUUUGUCCAAAACUGACAUUAAUACGGUGACAAUUAAAUGAUUAAGAGGAGAUAAAUGCUUAAACUGUGAGGAAUAUUCGCAAUAAUGAAGUUCGCGUACAGGUUUUCAAACCUGCUUGGAGCCGUUUAUCGUCAGGGAAAUUUGAAUUUCUCCAAAGAUGGCAACGCUGUGAUCAGUCCGGUUGGAAACAGAGUCUCCGUCUUCGACCUGAAAAACAACACAUCCGAGACGUUACCCAUCUCGACGACCAAGAACAUCACGUGUGUCGGUCUCUCUCCUGACGGGAACAUAGCAAUCGUGGUGGAUGAAGAUGGCGCAGCUCUGUUGGUCAGCCUCAUCACCCGAGCCAUCCUUCAUCAUUUCCACUUUCACAAGCCGGUCAACAGCAUCCGCUUCUCACCUGACGGCAGGAGGUUUGUGGUAACGAAGGAGAACGUCGCUCUGAUGUACCACGCUCCCGGGAAGCAGCGCGAGUUUAACGCCUUCGUGUUGGACAAGAGCUACUACGGUCCGUACGAUGAAACCACCUGCAUCGACUGGACGGACGACUCCAAGUGUUUUGUGGUGGGCAGCAAAGACAUGUCAACGUGGGUGUUUGGUGCUGAGCGCUGGGCCAACCUCAUCUACUACUCUCUGGGUGGACACAAAGACGUCAUCGUGGGCUGUUUCUUCGAGAAGGACAGCCUGGAUCUGUACACGGUGAGCCAGGACGGGACGCUGUGUGUUUGGGAGAGUGACACGGAGCUGGACGGCCUCAUCCUGCCGAAGAAGAGCAAACCUCAACCUCCCGGACCCGGGGAGGAAGAGGAGGGGGAGGAUGAGGUGGAGAGGGUGGAGGGAGAGGAGGGAGAGGUGAUCAGAGGGAAAGUCGAAGCUCCGAAAGAGAAGAAGACGAGAAACGUGCGAUUCAAGCACAGAAGCAAGCACUUCUUCAACAAAGAGGGGGAUUUUAACAACCUGACUGCUGCCGCCUAUCACAAGCCCACUCACAUCCUGAUCACUGGUUUCGCCUCGGGGAUCUUCCACCUGCACGAACUCCCAGAGUUUAAUCUCAUUCACUCUCUAAGUAUUUCAGACCAGAGAAUCUCCUCGGUGUCGAUAAACUGCUCUGGAGACUGGAUUGGCUUCGGAUGCUCAGGGAUGGGUCAGCUGCUGGUGUGGGAGUGGCAGAGUGAGUCGUACGUCUUCAAACAGCAGGGACAUUUUAACAACAUGGCGUCACUGGCGUACUCACCGGACGGACAGUACAUCGUGACAGGAGGGGAUGAUGGCAAAGUCAAAGUGUGGAACACAAACAGCGGCCUCUGCUUCGUCACCUUCACCGAGCACACCAGCAGCGUCACCAACGUCACCUUCACCUCCAGCGGCUUCGUCAUCGUCAGCGCUUUGGACGGGACGGUCAGAGCGUUCGACCUGCACAGAUACAGAAACUUCAGGACAUUCACGUCGCCCCGGCCGGCGCAGUUCUCCUCCCUGGCUGUAGAUGUCAGUGGAGAGCUGGUGAGCGCCGGAGCUCAGGACUCCUUUGAGAUCUUCCUGUGGUCCAUGCAGACUGGCAGACUGCUGGAGGUCCUCGGGGGUCACGAGGGUCCCGUCAGCUGUCUGUGUUUCAGUCCAGUUCAGUCCAUCCUGGCCAGCGCUUCAUGGGAUCGAACCAUCAGACUGUGGGACAUGUUGGACAGCUGGCAGGUCAAAGAAACACUUCCCCUCACCUCUGACGCUCUGUCAGUGACGUACAGGCCUGAUGGUCAGGAGUUAGCUGUAGCCACUCUGAACGGCGAGAUCUGCUUCUGGAACCCACAGUCGGCAGCACAAACAGGAUCCGUGUCGGGACGCCACGACCUGGAGACGGGCCGCAAAGAGACGGAUAAAAUCACAGCCAAGCAAUCUGCAAAGGGGAAGUCCUUUACGUCGCUGUGCUACUCUGCAGACGGAGAGUCGAUUUUAGCAGGAGGUCAGUCCAAGUUCGUCUGCAUCUACAACAUCAGAGAGCAGAUGCUGAUGAAGAAGUUUGAGAUCUCCUGUAACCUCUCCUUUGAUGCCAUGGAGGAGUUCCUGGACCGACGGAAAAUGACAGAGUUUGGCAGCCUGGCGCUGGUGGACGAGGGAGCCGGAGACGGGGACGGAGUCAACAUCAGCCUCCCUGGAGUCAGGAGAGGUGAUAUGAGCUCUCGUCAUUUUAAGCCAGAAAUCAGAGUGAGCUCACUGCGGUUCUCCCCUACUGGGCGUAGCUGGGCAGCCACAACAACCGAGGGUCUGCUGGUCUACUCCCUCGACGGCUCUCUUGUCUUCGACCCGUACGACCUCGACCUGGACGUGACUCCGGCCAGCAUACGGAAACAGCUACGUCUUCAGGAGUGGACGUCCGCCAUCAUCCUGGCGUUCAGACUCAACGAAAAAGCCCUAAAGCAGGAAGUGUUGGAAUCGGUGCCUCAUGAUCAGAUCCGAGUGGUGUGCGGCUCUCUUCCUGACAUCUACGUGGAGAAGCUGCUCAGCUUUGUGGCGGCGUGUUUGGAGAAGUCGGGUCACCUGCAGUUCUACAUGACGUGGGCUCAGAACCUGCUCAUGCUGCACGGACAGAAACUUAAAAACAGGUCGGGGGCGAUUCUUCCGACACUCCAGGCGCUGCAGAAGAGCAUCCAGAGACACUUUGAAGAUCUUUCAAAACUGUGUGAUUUUAAUGUGUUCAACAUCCGCUACGCUGUGGCUCUGUCAAAGCAGAGGGGCAUGAAGAGAGCAGCUGAGGACGAUGAGGAGGAGGAAGAGGAGGAGGAGGAAGACAGAGAGCUGUCUGAAGAGAUGAGUGAAGCCUCCUUGGACGGUGCAGACAUGAUCCUGUAGGCCUGAGAACGAUCCACCUCAUUCCAUCAACAUGUCAGAAUAAUUAUGUUGGACUGUAAAAGCAAAUAUAUUUCUGUGUACUUACGUUUUUUAAUUAAAUAUGUGAAAAUGUGA